UUGUGUGUGCCCGACUGGUAUCCCAGUCAUUGUUAAGCUAUAACUGUGUUGACAACCCCUUCCCUCAUGUCACAUUACAGAAAGGAGGCGUUCGCCCUCCAGAUGAUGUCUGCCCUUUCAGAUCCGAAAGAUGAUGAUCAGUGUAAUGAAGACGAUGAGGACUUGCCCCCUGAGGUGAAGCUGGAGCGCGAGAGGGAGCGGCGAGUCGCUAACAACGCCCGCGAGCGCCUCAGAGUACGAGACAUCAAUGAGGCGUUUAAGGAGCUCGGGAGAAUGUGCCAGCUGCACCUCAGCCACGACAAACCUCAGACCAAACUCCUCAUCCUGCACCAAGCUGUCAACGUCAUCCUCAAUUUAGAACAGCAAGUCAGAGAGCGCAACCUUAACCCUAAGGCAGCAUGUUUAAAGCGCAGAGAAGAGGAGAAGGUAUCUGGUGUUGUGGGCGAAUCUCAAAUGCAGCUCUCAGGAGGUCAUCCGAGCAUGCCAGGCGAUGGCCACAACUCGGUCGGUCACAUGUAACACAAGAUCUGACGGUGUUUUCUAGCCUGUUGGAGGAUGUGGCCUUAACAGUUUGCUUCCACCCAUUAUUCUGUGUGUAAAUGUGGACAUGUAUGUGUAUUGUCCAUUCAAGUCCCAAGAUACUCAUUUACACGCACACAUGCAUACUGCCAAACUGACUUAGCACGUUCAGCGCACUCCCAACCACAACUACAAACUCAAAUGUGAAGAACUUUUUUAGUUUUGCUUUGUUUUAUACAUGUAAAGCGUUUUGGUUUUCAUAUUUGGUUUCCACAAAUGGAGGGAACCCCAGAGUACUUUUGUCCUGCCACAGAUUGGGACUACACACUGCCAAGAGGUACUCUGACCAGAGAGAGACCUGAACACAAAUUUAAUCAAGGAUUUGUGCCUAUUUGUUACAUGUUUUCUAUUUGACAUUUAAGCAAAUUGCUUUACAUGCGAGGAACAUUUAUUGUGAGGGAUUGCUUAUAUGUAUGAGCAAUUAUUUUUAAUGUAUGUCAUUCCCAGUGUGAUGGUACAGUCUUACAUAUGUUAUGUAACCAAGCCCAUUGUUUAUUGUCCUAUUCAGUUACUUUUCAUAAUCUUGUCUACAGAAGAUUGGGAAACAUGUUAAAAGGGUCAGAAGGGAAAAGGACAAUGUUUUGAUUGUGCUAUUAGACAGACACCCUAGCCCAGAGAGUCAGAGAUUGAUCCCCAGUGUUUUUACAGAUGUCUGGAGACCACAGACUAAAGAGGAUAAAUUAUUCAUAUGGUAGAAUAAGUCGAUAACAAACUGUUUUUCCUUUCCACUGACCACAAAGUAUUACAUCUGUAAUCUUUAUAUUAGGGUCAUUUUUGUAUCGUACUUGACUGCAUACAAGAGUAGUUUAGGGGAAAGGGUUGAAUUAAACAGCGUAUUUCAGUCCUUUUGCCCCUGGAAAAAUCCAAUGGAAUUGAAUUGGGACUGAUUUCCAGGUAACUUUUACAUCAGAUGCUGCUGUUUCCCCUGAAUCAAAUAUAUUUUUGAGAAAUUCUAAAUUAUUUGGUUUUAAGAUCUACAUCAGUUAGUUUAGCCUUUGUGCGACAUUGGCUUACAUUAACAAAAUGAGCAUUCCCAGAAAAAGGCUCGACUUCUUAUGAAGUUUGUCCACACUUUGGUGUGAAAUGUAAAUUCACUUACGCUAACAUUACUCAGUUAUGUUUCUUUGUCAGAUUUAAAUAUAUAUAAAUAUAUAUUUUUUGUUAGUCUAUACAUUGUAGAUUUUUUACAUAAAUGGCAAUAUUAGUUUGAACUUUAGUGUAUUGUAGAUGAGCUGAAAAAGGGGAUAUUUCACAUUUUAAUGAAAUUGUAAAAAAACAUUUGAACGUGGGUGGCAGUGGAAAAAAGUAAACAGUGAUAAAUGGAAAUGUAUUGAGUAUAGUGUAUCCUUUAUUCCUGUUUAAUUUUAAAAGGCCUAUGAGCAGUGUCCAUGUCCCACUGUGGGGUGUGUGCACAGUGAAACACCAAGGCAAAUGCAGAAAGGGAUUUUUCUCAAACAUUAUGCAACUGGUUCUUGAAUGUAGCUACCAUAAAUAUUAAUCGCCUUGAAUUUUUUUGUUUGUUGUCUCCUUGGCGUUUUUGUCCAUCUUUUCCUAAUCUCUGCCCUGACCAAGUGGCUUAUAGUGGGGCAGGAUCCUGCACACUUAAGGAGGUGGAUGCUGACAUUUGGUUGCAAGGUAAAAUUAUAAUAUGAGAACAAAACAGUAUUAUUGUAAUGUUAUUCCCAUUUUGUCAUGUUGUAAAUGAUUUUACCAACAUGUAAUCACAAAUGGGAGUAUUUUGUGUUUAAUUUCUACAAAAGAGAUGAAGACCUAUACAAAUCAAUAGUGUGGCCUUUUCAUUCUCAAGACUUAAGAUGUCAUGAUGGGAGAGUGAUACCUUAUCAGUGCCUGAAAUUGUAUUUUCAUUGAAAACAAGUUUAUUUUGUGAACCAUAUCAUUUCAUUUAUCUUGGAGAUUAAAAGGUACUUGUUCAUUCCCAACUUGACUUUCUCCUAAUGCUUUUUCAGUUUCCAGGAAGGUUGAAAUCUUUAAAUGAGAUUUUCUUUCUGUGUAUCUAGUAAAUAAAUGUUAUGUAGAGCUUG